CAUUGGCUGCCGGAGCGGCGGCAGUUUGGAGCGAAGUAGCACGUUGAGCUGGAGAUUGUGGCGGCAGAAGGCCUGCUGUUUUACCUACUGUCUGGUGGGAGUCUGGGGCUCGGUCAGGUCUCGGUUCUCGGGGAUGGAUCGCGUGUGGAGUGCGUGGUGCGGAAAGUGCUCCAGAGAGAACGGGCCAUCGCCGCUGUGGGGUCAGCGCAUAGUGGUCGCCUGGCUCAAUAGGGCCGAGUGGGAUCAGGUGACAGUCUAUUUGUUCUGUGAUGACCAUAAAUUGCAGCGUUAUGCCCUGAACCGCAUCACCGUAUGGAGGAGCAGGUUAGGAAACGAACUCCCCCUGGCAGUGGCUUCUACUGCUGACCUGGUACGCUGUAAGCUCAUGGAUGUAACUGGUGGCUUGGGCACUGAUGAACUUAGACUGCUGUAUGGCAUGGCGUUGGUCAGGUUUGUGAAUCUUAUCUCAGAGCGGAAGACUAAGUUUUCCAAGCUCCCCCUUAAGUUCUUGGCUCAGGAGGUGAAUAUUCCAGAUUGGAUUGUUGAACUUCGCCAUGAGUUGACCCACAAGAAAAUGCCCCAUAUAAAUGACUGCCGUAGAGGCUGCUACUUUGUUCUGGAUUGGCUCCAGAAGACCUACUGGUGCCGCCAACUGGAAAAUAGCUUGAGAGAUAACUGGGAGUUGGAAGACAAGGAAGAGAUAGAUGAAGAGGAGCAAGAGGAAGAUAAGAAUAUUGCUGUUGAUGACAUCGCAGAACAGAGACCAGAGCCUAAGGAUGAGGGGAAAGGUGCAGAACCAAAUGUCAAGGCUGAUGGAGAGAGCAAAGACAACAAAGAGGUUGAUUCACAUUGGGAAAAGGCUCUGAAACAUAAGGAACACUAUGAAAGAGUCCGAGAACUGCUGGUAUCAUAUGAAGAGGAGCAAUUUAAGGUGCUAGAAAAAUUUAGGCAUUUACCUCAAGCCAUUAAAGAAUGGAAUAUCCUGUCCCAACCUGUGGAAAGCAUUCUGGCAGAGCUCAAGGGCAUUACAUUGGAAAACAGGGAUGCUGUGCUGGAUGCUUUUCUGGAUGACGGCUUUCUUAUCCCCACAUUUGAGCAGUUGGCUGCUUUGCAAAUAGAUUAUGAAGAUGGGCAGACUGAGGUCCAGAGAGGGGAAAAUACUGGCCAAAAAUCACAAAAGAACAUGGACUUGAGUGAUGUCGUGGUGCCAAAGCCCUUCUCUCAGUUCUGGCAGCCCCUACUCAGGGGCCUGCACUCCCAGACCUUCACGCAGGCACUACUGGAGAGGAUGUUUUCUGAGCUACCAACCUUGGGUGACAGUGGGAUCCGACCUAACUACAUCCUCAGAUGGACCAUUGAGCUGAUCGUGGCUAACACAAAGAUUGGACGGAAUGCUCGAAGAUUUUCUGCAAGUCAAUGGGAGACAAGAAAGAACUGGAGGCUAUUCAGCUGCUCCACUUCACUUGACUGGUCCAGUGUGGUUGAGUCUUGUUUGAGUUCACCUUGUUGGGCUAGCCCCCAACUCCUUCAGCUCAUCUUCAAAGCAACAGGACAGGUUCUGCCAGAUGAAGAGCAGGAGAAACUGCUACGUAUCUGUUCAAUUUAUACCCAGAGUGGAGAAAACAACAUGGUGCAAGAGGGCUCAGCAAAUUCCCCCAUUGAGAAGUCUCCAUACACACUAGAAAGACUGUUCUGGAACCUCAAACCAGCUGUUUCCAGCUCUGAUCCUGAAGGAGAAGCACAGCAGCAGGAGGUGCAAAACAGCCUUAAUGCUGUUAUAGCAGAUGUUGAAGAGGAGAAAGAUGCUUUAGAAUAUCAGGAAGAAGAGGAGGAGAAAAAUGAUGUUCAGCAGCAGUGGGAGGAAGAGGAGGAGGAAGAGGAGGAGGAAGUGGAGGAGGAGGAUGACUAUGACGAUGACGACGAUUAUGAUGAUUAUGAUUAUGAUGAUGAUGAUGAUGAUGAAGACAUAAUAGAAAUGGGGCAUUUCUCUAUGGGGGAAGAGUGCUCCCCUGUUGAGAAUGCCAGGCUCUUGGCCCUGAAAAGAGGAGCUUUGCAGGGUUCUGCAUGGCAAGUAAGCUCAGAAGAUGUGAGAUGGGACACCUUUCCCUUAGGUCAAGUACCAGGUCAGACUGAGGACCCAGCUGAACUAAUGCUGGAGAAUUAUGAUACUAUGUAUCUUUUGGAUCAGCCUGUAUUAGAACAACGACUGGAACCCCUAAAGUGCAAGAAUGGGACAGUAGAACACAGAGGUCCUAACAGCAGGCCUGGCCCAAGGCCAUGACAUUGACCAUGUACCCAGGAGGCACCAAGUUUGAAAAGAAGAGGCAGUUGGAAAAGCCAGGUAAUUUGCAGUUGGGGAUGUAUCCCACAUGUUAGACAGAAAGAGAGAGAGAGAGAGGCAGAGAGGCAGAGAUAGAUAUCUCCUCUCCCCUGGGGUAAGGCUGACUGAGCACAAUGGAUAGUAUAGAGGGUGAGGUGUGAGUAGGUGGGAUUGUUAAAUUCAGAAGAAAACUGAUUUGGCUCAGUUCCCACAUGCUCUGUAUUAGUAAGGAAAACUUCCUCUGCUAUAGUAGUCAUGUUCAUACAUCCUGUUCUUUGUCUCAGCUUCACUCCUAACUUGGAUAUGUGCCUAAUUUAAGUUCCUUUGCAUAUCUUGGCCUUGGUUAUUUUGUAAACUGUUGGGUGAUGGGAGGGGAUAGGACUAAAUCAUCUCUAAGAAUUUUUUUCAGCUGCUGUAGUGCAACCAUGGAUCUGCCUUAUGGCUUUUCUCAGCUGUCACCCUUACCUACCUGGAAGGAUUUUUGACCUUCAGGAAGCAGGAGAAUGCAGAGUGCUCUGAACAGGGCCAGGGAGGCAGAGGACUAUCAUCUCUCUAAAGCAAUUUUAUAAGCCUGACUUUGGGCCCCUUAACCAGCUCUGUGGGGGGUAGGGUGGGAGGGAUCAACUCAAAGUCUUCAGGGUACCCAAGCUGUGGAGUCUGGAAGAUCUGUUAAAACAGUCACUUUCAAUAUUUCCUUUUUUGUGGAGGGCUUUGGAUCUCCCUCUCUUAUCUCAAUCCAAACAGCUCUUUUACACUGUUCUGUAACCGGGGAUCUGCUUAAAGAUUCCAUUCUCCCCUUCCUAUCUUAGGUGAAGGGAGGGAAGAACCACCCCUAGAACCUAUUUGUAGUAGUGUUUCAGAUUUAUUAGUCUUUGUAAAGUCAGGCAGAAAGAUAGGCCCUUCCUGUAGACACAUACAUUAAGCACAUCCAAGCUUUCCAGAGCCUAAAAUUGCUUUUUUCCCUGACUAACCCCUACCCUCUCU